AUGCUAUAUAUAGUAGUUGGAAAAAGAUCGACAUACCUCAUCGUCAAAAUGAAGUUAUACAAUAUUGCUGUAAUCCUUUUGAUCGCCGCCUCUUUUUCGUCCGAGGUGCUGGCCCAGCCGCUACUGACUGGCCAAGGAAUUACGAACAAUGGUGGCUUUAUAUCGAGCAUUAUAAACACCAUCACGAUGAAGCUCAACACGGGAUUGCAGACAAUCAUGAGCUUUAUACCAGGAUUCAGCCCAUUAACUUCAAUGAUACCUAAUGUACCAGUUAUACCCACUGCUGCCCAGAAUAUACCUGCUCCUGCCCAGAAUGCACCAGCAGCUGCACAGAAUACACCGGUUGCUGCCCAGAACACACCCGCUACUGCCCAAGGCUCAAGAGCUACUCGUACCGCCAGCAACGGAUUGAUGUCACUUUUUGGAUAAAAUAUAAAUAAAUCAAUAAAGUAAUUGCUGAAUCUAUAAAAAUUCCCAAGUUAUUAUUACUUCAAUUUAUCUAAAACAAGCAAAUCAUUAAAAAAAUAAAUGAUUAAUUUUUUAUUGAAUCCAUCGCUAAUUGAUUUGAAGUUAGUCGAACCGCUGAUUAAAUCAUAUUUAAAUGCAUUUAAUACCAAAUUCAGCAAUAUAAGAACUUCCCUUUUGAUUAAUAUCAAUGGAUUCUUAUAUGGUUUGUUGUCAAGUAUCAAGUUUUCUUCAGUAGUGCCCAAUCACCAAAGCAUGGUCCUCCUUUUUAAAAAUGUUAUAGGUCUUCCCAUCUUUUUAUAACAGUGCAAGUGACCCUAUAAUUAGAAAUAUUGUAAUAUAGGUUCAUAAGUAAUUUUACUUGCUUUAGCCUGUUUCAUUUGUUCCCUUUAUUAUCUUGUCUGAACGGAUUGAAAAGUUGAAAACACAAAAAUAUGGGCUUCUUCUAAAAUUCCUAAUUCCAUCAAAAUGUAACUCUUCAAUACUUGAUAGAGCAAUGACGAAUUACAAUUCUCCUCUGGCCAUCCCUGAUAUCCUGAUACUUCCCGAUUUCUGAUGAAUAAAUUAAAAUAGUAAAAUAUUAUUUGUGUAAGAUUCUCAAGUUCUCCUAUUUGAUUCUCUUACCUAUUAAUUAAAAGUAUAGCAUCAAAUAUUUUUUCAAUUACGUAAUUUUGCAUUAGCCACAGGUGCAGACAACAUUAUUAUUAAUGUAAUUAUCUUAUUGUCAGAUGCCAUCAGAUAAUUAAAUAAUUCCGAAUUGUAAGAUACGUUAUUCCAACCAACAUACCUUCCGCUGCAUUUAAAAGUGAACUUUUAGUUUCUGUCUUUUGAAAUCCAUUGUCUAAAUUUUGAAGAUUAAUUAUGAUAUUUUUCUAUUUAGUUCAAACUAUUUAAUAACUAUUCUUAUUGUUCAUAAUACAAAAGGCAUUGUCAUAUUUAUUUGGGAAUCAUUUGUAAUGAAUGUUACAUGACAUGUUAUUUAAGAAAGACGGUUUGAAGUUAACAAAUUGAUUAUCAAGCGAAUCCCUUUUAUAAAUAAAUCUAUGAAACGAAUAUUUCAGAUAAAAGAAUGUGAUAUUCUAAGAUUAAUCUCCGAAAAUAAUAAUAAUAAUGUAAAGCUUUCCUUCAAUCAUUACUUUUAUAUCUCCCUGAUACACGAGAGUAUUUGUUUUCAAAUAAACAUUGUUUCCCAGCACUUCCCAGUUGUAGGUCAACAAUAAAACUCUGAAAAGAAUUUAUACAAUCUAGAUAUCUUGAAAGUUGUGUAAGAGACAGACAUAAAUUGAACUAGUAUUAACCCUGAGACUGUGAUAUUGUCCUAAGCCAAUCUGAUUCGAUUUUUAUUUAUGCUCCAUGUAUUUCUGCAGAACAAAGUCUUAUUCAGCACAUGCAUUGUUAUGAAGACCGGCUUUUUUUUUUUUCGUUUGCAAUAUCCAAGUAUAGUGUGAUAUAAAUUCAAUAAUUCUAAUACGAUAUAACAAAUUACCUGCGGUUACUCUCCCCAGGUUCCGUUAUUUGUCUCGAUUUUGGCUAGAAAUGUUUCGAAUUUUGCCUAUCUUACGAAAUCUCCAAAAUGGUAAUUUUUAAAAAUAUUGGGAGUUGGGUAGAUGUACAGAUAGAUACAAACGUGAAUAAUCAUUAUAUCUGAUAGACGCCGAGGACCGUAACCGCAGCUAAAGUGAAAAAAAGCAAACUUAUCUCAUUUCUUAUCAAUAAAUGGAAUAAAAAACAGAAAAUGAGUACAGCAAUAUGCAAAGAAAUUUAGAAAAAUUGGAAGACUACCCGAAAAUCAAAAAGUGAUGGUCUGUUGCCCAAAAUUCGGAUGUUGUGAGUUUUCCCAUGGAUUCCUCCUGAUACUGAUGACUAGAAGUCCCAACUUGCACCUGUUAUAGAUUAACCAGAAUUGUAAAUCACAUAUUUUUAGAGUGUAUUAGCAACACUGCUCAAAGCAAAAACCUAAAAAUAGAAGAAAUCCUUCAUUAUGAGAAAAAAUAAAUUAUCUGUUCAAAUAAAUAAAAAAAAAAUUAAAUCCCUUCAAAUAUUUAAUAGAAAAAUAUCUUUAUCAUAGAAUAUAAAACGGAAAUAAUAUGCCAAUGGCCCUUUGGGAUGCAGGCAAAAUAAAUAAAUAAAAUAAUUUCAGUGGAUUCUUACCAGGACCAGUUUAUAUAAACCAUUCAUCACAUCAAAAAAUAUUUAUUUUUUAUUUUAGGACUUCUAGGAAUAAAACUAGUUUUUG